AUGAAAAUUCUAGCUUUCCUUUAAAUAAAAUCUUUCAAAGGCAAUCUCGAAUUGAAAGAACUGAAUUUUAUAGAUGCCAAAGAAAAGAAAAAGUUUGUUUUAUAUUUAAAUAUAAUGACAUGA